UAAUGUUUAGGGCGAUAGGUACGUAGUUAAAGGGAAAUAAACACACUCUCGGUUAUUAAUUUGUCGUCUUUUUGGCUGAUAGUCUCGCGUUGCGUGCCAUCACGUUUCCUUUAAACCCACCGGAGCGGCAAUGAAUGAGAUGAACGUCGGGGGUUUCCCUCUCUGAACCAGACACUUUGUGCUUAACGGUCAGCGGUGAAUUAGACAACUGCUCCUUCAUCAUGCAGCUUGCGAAAAAAGACGGAAAAGCCCUACAUGUUGAAUAUAUUUCGCCACCGGUGUAAGCGCGAACGCGAGGAAAGCUCCCGGCCGCGGCAGACGGGCUCUCACAUCCUGGAGCCGCCGCACCUCGUCCGCCGGUGGUGCAUACGAUAUGAUAUGUUGAUGACAUUUUUUGGAAGCGGUCGUGCCUUUUGUUUUCGUCUCGGGAUAUGUGAUACGCGGAUCCGCGGACGCAGCGCAACGCAAACGAGCGGACGUGUUUCUCUGCCUCGAAAAUGAGGAAGCGUUUUCAUAAAGACCCAGAAAAUGGCAAGAAGGUCUCGUCGUCCGUGGGCCCGGAUUUGAGCAAGAUGAGAAGGAAAGGAGCGAAUGCAACAGCGGCAUGAUUUUCUCCCCCCACGGAAUGACACCGAAAGGAGGCGAAACGGUGGAGGUAGAUAAGACGCAGCAUCAAUGAAGGCGAUCUGGACAAGUUUGGAGUCGCUCAUAAUGAACAGAAAUACUUUGCAGCUCGGCAGCACAUCGUUUCCACGAUAUUGAAAGAUUUUUUUUUGUGCGGCUUUGGGAGAUUUUCUAAGUCACCAGUCAUCUAUUUUCGCAUUGCAUUUGUUAUCUUUUGCAUCGUAUAUUUCACUUUUUUUUUUUUUUAUAUUUUUGAUCCGGAUCCAGCCCUGACUAUUCAAUGGAAGUAUGUUAUCAGCUGCCGGUUUUGCCUCUUGACAGGCCGGUUCCCAAGCAUGUCCUCAGCCGGAGGGGAGCCAUCAGUUUCAGCUCCAGUUCUUCUCUCUUCGGGGCUCCUGAUCCGAGACAGCUGUCACAGAGACGAGGGGCCAUCUCCUACGACAGCUCCGACCAGACAGCGCUGUACAUCCGCAUGCUAGGAGCUUGUGUAGUAUUCAAACAGCUGUUUGCAAGAGAUGUGAGAGUGAGAAGUCAGGUUGGAUUUGAACCGGAACGAAGAAGCUCCCACCCCUACCUGUGCAUCGACUUCCGAACUCUUCACACACGGCUGGGCUGUGGGUCCGCGUCAGCGAGCUCUGCUCCUGAGAGGAGGGUCCACAGGCUGCUCAGCUUCCAGAGGUACCUGCACUCAUCCCGUCUGCUGCGGGGAGUCCCCCAGCAGAUCCCCCUCCACAUCCUGGAUGAAGACUACACUGGACAGGCCAGAUGCAUGCUGGAAAAAGUCGGGAACUGGAAUUUUGACAUUUUCCUCUUCGACAGGUUGACAAACGGAAACAGCCUGAUCACCCUGACCUUCCACCUGCUGAACCAGUAUGGCCUGGUGGAGCUCUUCCAGCUGGACAUGGUCAAACUCUGGAGGUUCCUGGUCAUGGUCCAGGAGGACUACCACAGCGACAACCCCUACCACAACGCGGUUCACGCUGCAGAUGUCACGCAGGCCAUGUACUGCUACAUGCGGGAACCCAUGCUUGCCAAGUCUCUGACCUCCUGUGACAUCCUACUGGGGCUCCUAGCAGCUGCCACACAUGACCUGGACCAUCCUGGGGUCAACCAGCCUUUCCUCAUCAAGACUGACCACUAUCUAGCCACACUCUAUAGGAAUACCUCAGUUCUGGAAAACCACCACUGGAAGUCGGCAGUAGGCCUGCUCAGAGAGACUGGGCUGUUCUCCCAUCUGCCGGCUGAGGACAGCCUGAACAUGGAGAGGGAGUUGGGCUCCUUAAUCCUGGCCACAGACAUCAGCAGGCAGAACGAGUACCUGUCCAGGUUUCGCCUGCACCUGGACCAGGAGGACCUGUGCUUGAGCAACUCCAGCCACCGUCACUUCAUCCUGCAGAUGGCUCUGAAGUGUGCGGACAUCUGCAACCCCUGCAGACCCUGGGAGCUGAGCAAACAGUGGAGUGAGAAAGUGACUGAGGAGUUCUUCCAACAAGGAGAUAUUGAGAAGAAGCACAAACUUGAAGUCAGCCCACUUUGUGACAGAGACUCCAGCACAAUUGGAAACAUUCAAAUAGGCUUCAUGACGUACGUGGCGGAGCCGCUGUUCGCAGAGUGGGCCCGUUUCUCUGACACACGUCUGUCCCAGACCAUGCUGGGCCACAUGGGGCUGAACAAGGCCAGCUGGGGCGGCCUGCAGCAGGAACAAACCUCCGUCUCCGAGGAGGCGGAGCCCAGCACGGCUGGCACAGACGCAGAAGACGCCGCCGCCGCCGCCCAAAGGGAUGGCAACGCCGCUGCAGCCGCAGGAGGAACCAGCUCCAAAGAAAUACCUCAGGGAAGCAGAGAAUCCUGACACUCCUCGCGUGCCCUUUCACCUCAACCUCCUGACCCCUGACCCCGGCCUCAGGGCCUCACCACACACUGGGGGCCGGGUGGGGCAGGCAAUGGCCUGCAGCCUCCUGUCGCUGCCCCACCUGAUCCUAACACCUUGUUUAUUAUGUUUUGUUGCUUUUGCCUCCCAUCUUGAUAAACCACUGAUUUUAUUUAAUUUAUUUAAUUUUUAAUUCCUCUUUUUUGGCAUAGAGCAAUACAUAGAUACCUCAUUUGGCUACUGCUGUAUUUUCUUUUAUUUGCUUUGUUUUAUUUAUUUGUCCACUGUAGUUUUGGCAUUACUGACUGAACACACCACUUUUUGUGUUGGUGGACCUUAAGGGGAAAGCAGUAUAAGAACUGAAGGAGACAUUUUUUCUGGUAUUUUGAAGUGCCAUUUGAAAACAAAGAUUUGAAGAAUGAUCUGAACUGAGUCGACUGAGACAACUGGAGUAUUCAGAUGCGAGACCCUCCUAAGACUUUAAAGUAAAGCCGUGUUGCAUUUGUAUUGAAGAUUCUUCCUCAUGUAAAAAUGGAAAAAAAAAAAAAUGUGACAAGCCCAGUCCUUUUGCUGCC